UGAAAAGCCCCAGUUUCCGGCUAUUGGCGGCAAGUUAACUUGUGUGAAUUACACAUUUCGAAAAGAUAAUAUCUUAAUAACAAAGACAUAGCAGAACAUUUAGCACAGUAAUGAGUUUGCCUUUGAACCCCAAGCCUUUCCUGAAUGGCCUGACAGGCAAGCCUGUGAUGGUGAAGCUGAAGUGGGGGAUGGAGUACAAGGGCUACCUAGUAUCUGUGGACAGCUACAUGAACAUGCAGUUGGCAAACACAGAAGAGUAUGUAGACGGAGCAUUAGCGGGUCACCUCGGAGAAGUGUUAGUAAGGUGCAAUAAUGUCUUGUAUAUUAGAGGAGUGGAAGAGGAGGAGGAGGAUGGAGAAAUGAGAGAAUGAAGAGGGGAGAUGUACGGCCGAAGAUCUGGAUGAUUGUUAUGUAUAUUCCUGUUUGUAUUUUUGUUUGAAUUUUCACUGUGGAAAAUAGACUAAGUUAGAAUUUGUGAAAUUUUCAAGAAAAUGUAAAAAAACAAAAAAAAAUGAAUAAAACGAACUGAUGCAUUGUGAUGCAGCCAAUUAUUAUCAAUAUAGAAACAAUACAAUAUCCUUUUGCUAAAUCUGCCGUUAUGGGGUGUUUUUCUAUGUUUGGAGGGAACAAGUAUUCCUUUUGGAAUCCAUUCCAAGUCAUGAUGUGGAAUAAAUGUAACGUGAACAUA